AAAUAAAUUAAAAUAUACUAAUAUAUUAGUAUUAAUUUAAAGAAAAUAUCGAAUGCGGAUUUUAUGGAAGGGAAAUUGUAACGCAGGAAGUUCCCAAAAGAUGCUUUGCUCCGGAAAUCUCUAAACAAAAUUGAGUUAUACCGUAUACGUCACCCCUUAACUUUAUUUUAGUGUUACCCAUUUUCCCCUUUUGUCCAUAUUUCUUCUUUCUUCUUUUCUUCAUACUUACGUUGCUCAUUUUUGACCCAAAAUUCCAACUGUCUUAACUUCUCCGGCGACAUAAAUCCGUUCCGGCUAUCGGAAAAUGUCUUACGACUAUCUCUUCAAGUACAUAAUCAUCGGAGAUACAGGUGUGGGAAAAUCGUGUUUACUUCUGCAAUUUACGGAUAAGAGGUUUCAGCCGGUGCAUGAUCUCACUAUUGGAGUUGAGUUUGGUGCUCGUAUGGUCACCAUUGACGGCAGGCCAAUUAAACUUCAAAUUUGGGAUACUGCUGGGCAGGAAUCUUUUAGAUCCAUCACCAGGUCAUAUUACAGAGGAGCAGCUGGCGCACUUCUAGUUUAUGACAUCACCAGGAGAGAGACAUUUAAUCAUCUAGCCAGCUGGCUUGAAGAUGCUAGGCAGCACGCAAAUCCAAAUAUGACUAUAAUGCUGGUAGGAAAUAAGAGUGAUCUGUCACACCGAAGGGCUGUCAGUAAAGAGGAAGGAGAACAAUUUGCAAAAGAAAAUGGGCUUUUGUUUCUUGAGGCGUCUGCUAGAACUGCUCAAAAUGUUGAGGAGGCCUUUAUACAGACUGCUGCUAAGAUACUUCAAAAGAUCCAAGAAGGGGUUUUUGAUGUCUCCAACGAGUCAUCUGGAAUCAAGGUUGGUUAUGGGCAUAUCCAAGGUGCAGCUGGUCCACGGGAUGGAGCAGUUGCUCAAAGAGGUGGAUGCUGCAGCUAGUGUACAGUAGGUCCAAGUUGUAAUGCUACUCAUAAACUUGCUUUGCUCCUCACUCAACUAAGUGACUAGACUUGUACAGCUCAAACUCAGUUCUUCAUCUGUAUGACUCGAUUUACUCAUAUUAUUCAAGGGUAAAUAAGUUAUUAAGGAGCUGUUGAUUCCAGUACAUGUGGUGUUUGGGUUACUUUCACUGUUAAUAUAGUAAAUGGAUUGAGUUGAGCUCCGUUUGUUUUGAUAA